AUGUCGGAUUUAACUACCAGCACUUGCAGAGGAUCACCAAAACCCGCAGAACAAUUAUUGAAUAACACCAUAUACCAACAGAUUGCUCAUAUAGAACAAUUCCCACAUAUACUUGGCUAUAACGAUCCAUUUUUCGUUGUAGAUAUAGAAGUGAUUCGACGUCAACAUGAUCUUUGGGUAUCUCAUCUGCCUUUCGUCCGGCCGUUCUAUGCCGUUAAAUGUAAUACUGACACCGUGAUGCUGAGAAUACUCAUGCAACUCGGCGUUGGAUUUGACUGUGCAUCCGUGGAGGAAAUGCAUACCGUUCUAUCAUUGGGUGCUCAUCCUGGCAGCAUUAUCUUUGCGAAUCCAUGCAAGGCACCCGAAGCACUUGCUUUUGCCUACAAUGCCGGCAUAAGAAAGACGACCUUCGACAAUCUCGACGAGCUGGAUAGCAUAAACAAAUACAUGCCUAACGCACAACUGAUGCUUAGAAUUUUUGCAAAUGAUAACAGUGCUCUUGUUGCCCUAGGUGACAAAUACGGUGCGCCACUGGAAUCGGCUCAAGCACUUCUUGUACGCGCGAGAAAACUGGGUAUGGAUGUCGUUGGAACUAGUUUUCAUAUCGGAUCGGGUGCUUCAGAUCCCGCAGUAAUUCAAAAAGCCGUUCAAGAUUCAAGAUUGGUCUGGGAUAUUGCAGAAUCUUUAGGAUUUUCCUUAAGAAUCCUCGAUAUUGGCGGUGGAUUUCAGUCCACAGAAUCUGAAUUUGGAGAUAUGGCCACAGCUGUAUCUAACGCCAUAUCUAAAGCAGUAUUUCCAGAGCAAACAACUUUCAUUGCAGAGCCUGGACGUUUCUAUGCGCGCAGCGCAUUCACACUUAUCUGCAAAAUCAUAGCACGCCGGGUGUCAACGACGACAGAAUCUUCCAAAAAUCUAGAAAUGUUAUAUCAAAACGAUGGUGUAUACGGAAACUUUAUGAAUGGGCUCAUUGAAAAGGAAGAGUUCAUGCCAACGUUGAUCAAAAGCAAACUAAAUACGACGAUUGCACGCAAGACUGGGAAUCAUACCUACAAGAUUUGGGGGCCAACAUGUGACAGUACAGAUUGUGUGAGUCGGAGCACCACUUUCGGCUGCGAAGUUAAAGUUGGUGAUUUUUUGGUGUACAGAAAUAUGGGAGCUUAUACUUCAGCUACAGCGACGCGUUUCAACGGAUUCUCCAAUCAAACGGGUACUAUCUAUAUCUGUAGCAAUCUCCAAGAUUAUACACAGAUUGAGGACUCUAGCAGUGAAGAGGGGAAUUGCUCACCAAUGAGCACGGCGUUCAAAAUUCCUACCGGUGAAUUGUAA